AUGGCCAGCGAGAAGAAGGCGCCAUCGAUGCGCAAUAUGAGUACUAGAUUUGUCCGUUUAUGGCUUUUUAAUCGCCAAGCGCCGUCCCUGCAGAUGGUUUCCACCAUCGUAUCCACCGUCGGAGCUUUGAACCGGAGGGUUCAAAUGGCGCUAACGGGGGAUUCGCUUUGGCCUGCUCUUGGCGUCAACACUGUCCUUCUCCAAUGGCGCAAUAACAUCCAUUCUUGUCGAGUUGUAUUCGAAGAAAAUUAUAGGACAAUACACAUAUAG